AAAUAGUAAAUUUUCUCUAGUAACGGGCGGUGUCAAUAGCCCCGCAAAAACACGACGCUCGCUCCGACAAUAUAAUUAAAACAACGCACCUGAUAAGUAGGAUUUAGUUCCGGUGCCUGAAUUGCGAUAGCUAGCUGACUCGGAUACUUUCGAUAGACGUACGAGUGAGAAAAUUAAUUAUGAAAUGGAAUUUUAUGCUCGUUAUUGUGACAAUUCUGGGAGUGAUGUGUUGUAGUUCAAAUGCACAAUGGCGUAAAUACGGAGGAGAGGAGUUUCCCGAGAAAUAUCUGUCGCCGGAGGACAGCGCCGUCCCCGCGACCGAUAUAGAUCACUACAUCGAGCGAUUGCAUCUCACUUCGAGAUAUUUCAACGAAGCUCCGAAUUCGACGGAUGUCAGCACUGCGCUAUGUGCUUUUUAUACGAAAUCGCUUUUGAAACGAACAAUCAUUGAUUAUGGGACUAAAUUACGGAAAACCCAAACGGAUCGCCUGAAGAAGAUCAUAACGAUGUGUGAGAAUGUGAUAUCACACUACGUGUACAUGAACCGCAUGUAUGACUGGAGCGACGCGGGGUUCAGAGUGUCAAAGUUAUUUAUCACGGACGACUCGCAAGUGUACUCGAUUGCGAAGUUCAGCAGGGGUCGACUGCGGCCGUGGAUCCUCGCGGAGGAUGACCAUAUGAACUGGUACUCGCGAGACUUGGACGCGGCCACGCUGCCCCGGGACCAGUACGGCCGGCUCAACGGACAGGACGGCGACGGGCUCUUCCAUAUGGACAUGUACACAUCCGAUGUUUGUGUAUCCCGCAUAUCGUACAACGGCGACCCGGUACAAGUCGCACAGCUGCGUCGAUGCAAAUUAGAUCCUUACUGCGAGCAGCGGAUAUACUCCGACCCCUCCGUGGGGUACUACUUGACCCACAGGUUUUUGAACGCGUACAUCCGGUACUCGAAGCGAUGCUACCUGCGGUCGGAUACGGAACACAGUCGCCUGAUGGAGCGACUGUGCGCCCACAGCUACAGGGAGGCGGUCUACGUGGCCAGGAGGGGAUUCUUCAUGCGGGACCUCUUCUUAGAGCAUUUGGCCCUUUGUUCUAUGCUCGGUUACGAAGAACUCCACCGCCGCAGAUGGUUCAUGAAGGCUGCUAGUUGGGUGGACGGAAACGGCUGCGUCGCCGAAAAUUCGAACUACAUCCGGAACCAAUCUAGCCGUCUCAAGUGGGAGAAUGACGGGCGAACGAGACGACAAUACGUGUCUUAUAUGUGCGGGAUGUCCAGCGAGUGCAUCGAACACGCCAUGGCUUUGGUUAUGACGGUGUUGGCUCACGGGAUACGGCACGCGGCACAUUUUAUGGACCAAAUAUAGUUGAAUGUAAUUUGAGUGUUUUUUAUUUAUACGAAACCGUAUACAUGCAGCGGCAAACCUCUCGAGCAAGGAGCGGAGACAAAUAAACUUGUGCAGUUUGGAUGUAAAAACUUGUGCAUUUUGGAUUGAAAAUUGCAACUGCAUAAGCUGGUCUACGGUUUAUGUAUAAGAUGUUAAAAAAAAAUGAUAAAUUAAAAAUAUAUUUCUUUAUACUGUAUUUCAUUGAUAAUUUAUUUAUUAACAAUUUUACGAAAAAGGGGUAUAUGAUACCUGAGCCCCCACGAGCGCGCAGU